CGACGGGCGGCCGGGAGCGCGCGCCUAGCACAACUGCCAUCCGCACCAGUACGCAACCUUUGCCGACUUUUCUCCUAUUACGUUUUUUGAAUGCGCGCCGGCUCCGGUCGUGUGACGUGAUACGGCUGUUUUUUCUCUCUCUCUCGGCCCGGGACAGCCGAGUUUCACGUGAAAUCGCACCCGCUUCCCGCCACUUUCGACCCGAUAGCGAAAGACAAAAAAGGAACUUUUUGGCGCGAAAUCUGACAGUCGCUUUCGCCCGGCUCGUGUAACUUUUCGUAGUGUAAGGUCGUUAAGAUGACAAGAAAGUUUUCAGUUUGUGUUAUACAGAACAAACUUUGUUAAGAAGUGAAGAACAGUCGAGUUUUAACUGUUGAGGAUAUACUUUUUUAUAAUGGAUGAUUGGGAACGACACGUUUCCCUCCUACAGGAUAUGGGAUGCUCCAGCGAAGAUGCCCAAGAUGACUUCUUUAAUCAACAGGAUCUGCUGGUCGGCAGCAGCGGGGCGGGGACCGGCGGGUCGGCGACGUCCCCGGACGGGGGCUCCAGCUCGGCGGCGCCGCUGUCCCCGGGCGGCAGCGGCGUGGCGGGGGGCGCGCUGUCCCCCGGCGCCGGCUCGCACGCCUCCACCCCCGCCGCGCCCUGCUGCGACACCCCCCGGCCCAUCAUCACCGACCCCGUGUCCGGGCACACGGUCUGCUCCUGCCAGUACGACAGUGCCAGACUCGCCCUCACCUCCUACCCGCGGCUGUCCAGCGCGGCAGUCGGCGUGUACGGCUCGCCCUACCCGUCCACUGACCAGAACCCCUACCCCAGCAUCGGCGUCGAUAGCUCCGCGUUCUACUCUCCACUGAGCAACCCUUACGCGCUGAAGGAAGGCGGCGGCGAGAUGUCAGCGUGGACCUCCGCGGGGCUCCAGCCGUCCAGCGGCUACUACCCCUACGACCCCACCCUGGCCGCUUACGGAUACGGCGCCGGGUACGACCUCGCGGCGAGGCGGAAAAACGCGACGCGAGAAUCAACCGCCACGCUGAAGGCUUGGCUGAACGAGCACAAGAAGAACCCCUACCCAACCAAGGGCGAGAAGAUCAUGCUGGCCAUCAUCACCAAGAUGACGCUGACGCAGGUGUCCACGUGGUUCGCGAACGCGCGCCGCCGGCUCAAGAAGGAGAACAAGAUGACCUGGGAACCGAAGAACAAGACCGACGAUGACGACGAUGCCAUGCUCUCUGAUGAUGAAAAAGAAAAAGACGACCAGGACGAUAAGCUCAAAACUCAUAAAGAUGACGAGCGGAAAAGCGAUGAGUUACUGCAGGGAAUGCAUCACCAAUUAUUGGGAUACGGAAUCAAAGAAGAGGCAAAAAGAGGAACAUCCGAUUGCGGAGUUCCGAUUCCGGCAACGAAGCCGAAGAUCUGGUCACUGGCGGAUACGGCGGCGUGUAAGACCCCUCCCCCCGCGGCGGCGCCGUGGCCGCAGCACCCCUACGCGCCCGGGCCGGGCGAGCGCGCGGCGCCGGACGCUGGCUCCAACGGGUUCGCGCUGCCCAGCGCAGGGGGCGCCAACCCCGCGGCCGGCGGCUACGGGCGCUACGGCGGCUUCCCCGGCGGCGGCCAGUACGCGCCGCAGCACCCCUGCGUGCACCCCGCCGCCUUCCCCGACGUGCAGACCGACACGCCGCCGCAGACGCCGCCCAACAUGAAGGUGCCGAGCGUCGCCAACCCGCUGGGCAGCGGCGGCGGCGCGCCCUCCGGCUACUGCUUCCCGCGCCACCAGCAGUCCCCGCAGCGCGACCCCUACCACUCGCAGCACCACCCCGCGCCCCCGCACCAGCCCACGCAACCCUCGCAUCACAACGACGCCGCUGCAGCUUUCAAACCGUUCUACAAAAGCUCGCAUGCCCCCAAUGGUUACGUGUCAGCCGUCUGAAAGUGAACCGCGCCCAACAGUGGUAAAGAAAGUGAUACGUGGGGCGCCGCCAUGUCCGACUUUAGUUAACUCCAGUGUGCACGGUGUGUCAUCUCGUCCUACAAGCCUACAACAAACGGAUACACUUGUCUAUACUAUCAUUAAAACUUCAGCUCAAUCUAUUUAUUAUAGUGUCAUGGUGAAAUGAAAGCAAAGUACUGGAGUAUUACUUGUAUACUAUGUUAUUACCUAUAUUAUAAGAAUGCACAGAAUAUUAUGGGAAAGAAAAAUGUUCAGUAGGUACUUUACUUACUUUGUAUGUAUGUACUUAAAAUAAUUGGUAAUUUUCAUAUUUUGUACUUAAAUAUAAAACAAAUUAUUGUUUGAAAUCGACAUUGCUCAGUAUUUUAUAGUUUUAAGGAAAAUUUAAUGAAAAUCAUCGAAUGUUUUGCCAAUAUUGGUCCGUAAUUGGUCAUUGUUAGUAACGUUUGGACGAUAAAAUAGUUUAAUGUGUACUAUGCAGAUAGGUAGAUAAGUAAGGUUUUGUAUAUGUAGAUAUCUUGAAGUAUGUAUUCUGUUUGAUCUUCCAUUUAUUUAAUUGAACUGUUGUUUCAUUCAAGCAAUAAUUUGUUAUUUUAGUGCCAGAUUCUUAAUGUUACUAAUAACAUGUGAAAUGUGUAAAGUAGCGAAAGAGACGAAUCUAUUUAAUAGUUCGGUUUCGUAUUUGUAUACCUUGCUUCAUUUACUUUGUUAUUCUAAGGUAAAUACUUGAUAGAGGAUCUUAGUUUUGGUUAUUGUUGUUGUCCUUGUUAAUACAAUGUUUUGUAGAUUUUAUAUUUUAGUUUCUCGUGAAGUGUACAAAGUAAUUAGCAUUUGGUCUGAUUCUGAUGGUUACUUUUCUUUGAUCUGUCCAUGCACUGUUACAUCUGUAAUUUUAUCGAUCGACAUAUCUUUAUUCUGAUAAGCGAGUGCUGACUUGCAAUUACUGUAUUUGUAUCUGGGGGCGACUUCCACUCACUCGGGAUUAUCAAAUGCUGCAUUCAAUAUGAGAUAAUAAUGUGGAGUAUUCAGAAAUAUUUAAUCAGUGAAAUCGCCCCUCUGACCAGCAUACAUAUAGGUAUCUAUAGUCGCUGCAUACGUUCUUUACUUUUAAUUUACAAGAAAAGAACGCAUACCGGUUACGUUCCAUAAUAUGAAAUUUGAAAGAUACAAUAGUCCUCCCAUGGGGUGCCUAAUACACUAGAAACUUAAAUUAUGUAAAAUUUUAAUAAUUCAGAUGAAACAAAUUCAGAUUGUUUCAUCUGAUCCUCCUAAAUUAAGAGCAAUGUUUUGUAAAUUAUAGCUGUAUCGUCUUCUAUGUGACUUCUAUUAAAACACUUCCAAUCCCCCAUAAAUUUUUGGGUACUGGCUAUCCUGAUAAGUCUGGGGGAUCAAAAUGAAACUAUCCAAAGGGUCUGUGAGCCACAUCAAAUAAUGUCAAGGGCACCUCGGAUGAACUUAAUGUUUAUAAGUAUUAUUAGGGUACGUGUAAAUAUAUUCAGAAAAUAUUAUAUUUUAAACUAUAUUGAUCAAUGGUUUUUGUACAACGAUAUCAGUGGUUAACCCACUAGAGUGCUUAACCACUGUAUGUUUCAAUCAAGUUGGGUAUAUUAUUUUAAUGUAAUUAGUAAAUUAAUACACUAAAUGCUGCCAAUCGGAAGAGUGCAGCAGUGAACGUUAGGUAUAGGGGUAGUCGAGGGUAUACAUUUGCACCUUCGACAUGUGGUGUUAUCGAUCGAUACAGCUUUAUACAGCCCUGUGUAUGACAUAUUCCAGUAGGUAAGCAAAGCAAUGAGUGUUUAAUCACGCGCCAUAUUUUUAAUAACAUUGCAAUGAAUUUAACUAGUAUAAUAUCUUAUGAAAUCGUAAUUUCAAUAUCCAGUUACGUUAUGAAGAUAUCACACGAUUAGAAUACCUACCUAAGAUAUUUUAUUUAUAUGCAGAAUAGUAGUAUCACAGGAACAUUGCUAAUUAUCCGUUUACCACAGACCUAGGUCACAGAAAACAAGGAGUUAGUUUGAGGCUUGGAAUGAACACAUUGUGAAAAUAGAAAAAAUCCUCUAAGUGACCAAAUCGAAUACAAUGGCUUAAUAUUUAAAAUGUCCUAUAUAGAUAUUUAUAGAAUAUUAUAUAAAAUAAUUUUAAGUAAAAUAAUUAUGUACCAAUUGUAAUUAAAUCUUUAUUUCAA